AUGCAGGUGCUACAGGAUGGAGAGGACCUUGCCCGCCAGCCCUGGUACCACGGCCCCCUAUCCCGCCAGAAGGCUGAAGCUCUUCUUCUGCAAGAUGGCGACUUCCUGGUUCGUGCCUCAGGGUCACGUGGGGGCCACCCUGUGAUCACAUGCCGCUGGCAGGGCUCAGCUCUACACUUCGAGGUGUUCCGUGUGGCCCUGCGUCCCCGGCCAGGUCGGCCAAUGGCCCUCUUUCAGCUGGAGGAUGAAAGGUUCCCCAGCAUGUCUGCCCUGGUUCACAGUUACAUGACUGGCCGGCGUCCAUUGUCCCAGGCCACAGGGGCUGUGGCCUCCAGACCUGUGAUUCGGGAAGGCUCUCUGCGGCGAAGCUUUAGCGAGGAUGCCCUCAUGGACAGCCCAGCUCAGACCAAGCCUCUCAGGGCUAGGAAGUGGAGCACCAGCCAACCUGCAGACUUGGAGCAGACAGGGCAAUCAAAAGAAGACCACUCAGGACCAGGAGCCUCCACUAUGCCAGGAUCUGCCCUGUGCCGGACAGGCAGCGACCCGGUGUUGCUGAAGACACCAGCUCCCCUGGAGACCAUUGCUGACGUUCUCAGGGCCUCUGAUGGACAGCUUCAUGCCAAGGCACCAACAAAGCCCCUCCGGACACCCUCUCUGGCAUUUCGUGAGGCCUCUGGACGCCCCCCAACGUACUGUGAUCUGGUGCCACGAGUGCUCAGUGCCCAGGGAAAGUCCCCUGGCCAAAGCUGUCCAGAGCCAGAGGCCCCAUGGUGGGAGGCUGAGGAGGAGGAGGAGGAAGAGGAAGAGGCGUGUUUUGUAAGACCACAUGCCGAAGUCUCUUUCUGCCCCCCUAACAACCCCUCCUGCAUGCUGGGCCGCCAGAACCGGCCCCUGGACCCCAAAGUCCUACGCACGCUUCGUGGCUUACUCCUGGAGCACCAUCCAGAGGGGACCGCGCUGCACCUGCUGUUGGUGGACUGCCAGGCUGCAGGCCUCCUGGGAGUGACCAAGAGUCAGCGAGGCGCCAUGGGGGUCGCCUCUGGCCUGGAGCUGCUCACACUUCCCCACGGGCAUUGCUUGAGGUUGGAACUGCUGGAGAGGCUUGAGGCCCUGGCGAUGGCCGGGGCGAUGGCGGUGCUGGGCUGCUCCGGGCCGCUGGAGGAGCGCGCAGCCGCACUGAGGGGCCUGGUGGAGUUGGCACUGGCCCUGCGGCCAGGGGCGGCAGGGGAUCUGCUCGGGCUGGCCGCGGUCAUGGGCGCCCUGCUCAUGCCCCAGGUGUCCCGGCUGGAGCGCACGUGGCGCCAGCUCCGACGGAGCCAUACGGAGGCGGCGCUGGCCUUUGAGCAGGAACUGAAGCCGCUGAUGCGGGCUCUGGAUGAGGGCUUAGGACCCAGCGACCCCGGCGAGGUGGCGCUGCCGCACGUGGCCCCCGCAGUGCGCCUGCUGGAGGGCGAGGAGCUCGCGGGGCCACUGGACGAGAGCUGCGAGCGGCUGCUGCGCACCCUGCAUCGGGCGCGUCAGGUGGCCCGCGACGCGCCCAAGUUCCGCCAGGCGGCGGCCCAGCGCCUGCGAGGAUUCCAGCCCAACCCGGAACUGAGGGAGGCCCUGACCACCGGCUUCCUGCGGAGGCUGCUCUGGGGCAGCCGGGGUGCGCAGGCGCCCAGAGCCGAACGCUUGGAGAAGUUCCAACAAGUCCUCAGCGUUCUGUCCCAGCGUCUGGAACCUAACUGCUGACUUCUUUACCCUGGGGACACCCGUGCUUUAGGGCCCCCGCAAGGGGACCAAAGAAGUUGCCCCAGAUCCCUCAAACAGCUGCAUGGUGGAGACCUACCCCCUGCCUCCUGUAAAAAACAGGUGGUUCCAAGGUUUGCAAGAAUCUGACCCCCAAAGAUGCACGUGGAUCCUCAGGUUGGAAGUGCGACGGCCUCCUCCAGAACACUACGUCUCUGGAGGCUACCACCACACCCCCACAUAAACACUACACAUACCCAUAGCUGGGACACUCAGAAAACAGGACUACAUGAGAAGCAGGUGGCCUUUCAUAGUAGCUGCACUUGCAGGUAUGGUAUCAGAGUUCAAAUUUGACUUGACCUCUGAAAAGCUGUGUGACUUCUAGCAGAUCACUUGACCUCUCUGUGCCAGCCUUCAACAUAAAAGUGUUUUCAAAUAAAAGCUCAUUGCUUAAGUGGGAUUGUGGCUGAAGAAUGCCUGGUACUCAGUAGGUGCUCAAUAAACGCUACUUGUUUUCAGUAGGCUGCAGGGCACACAGAAGGAAUAAAGUCUGUUGCCUUUCUUCCUCUACUGGAGUCACAAGCAACUCCCAGGUUCAC